GGAACGCACUUGCUGGAAGCACCAUACUCGCCCAUGGAAACCCCAAGAGGGGACUUCAUGGGCAGAGAGAGAGCUCACCUGCUUCCCAAGGCCCUGUGACACUUGACGAGUCUCUGAAGGGGCCUCCUGAGUCGAUCCCUCAGGAGCUCGGAGGAGAGCAGCAGAGCGUCUGGGAGAUUCUCGGGACCACAGGCCCUCAGCUGUGACUUCUACCCUCCGAAGAAGAUGAGGACACUGCUCAUAUCCUUGGUCAGCUGCCUCAUUGCCAUAAAUGAGGCCAGGCUCAUCAAUCGCUGUGACUUGGCCAGCGUGCUGCGCAAGGAGGACUUGGAUGGCUUUGAGGGCUAUUCGCUGAGUGACUGGCUGUGCCUGGCUUUUGUGGAAAGCAGCUUCAACCUAUCAAAGGUGAAUGAAAAUGCAGAUGGUAGCUUCGACUAUGGCAUCUUUCAGAUCAACAGCCACUAUUGGUGCAAUGACUACCGGAGUCACUCGGAAAACAUUUGCCAUGAGGACUGUAAAGAACUGCUGAGCCCCAAUCUUCUCUCAACCAUCAACUGCGUGAAAAAGAUUGUGUCUGGAGCAGGAGGGAUGAAGAACUGGUGA